UGCGUCGCAGGCAGCACCCUGAACAAACCAGAAAAACAGCCCUCCUCUGUUGUGGAGCCCAAGGCAGCAGGGUCCCACCCGCCACUACCUUUCCGGGGUGCCUCGGUCUUGCCUCUCGGAGAGCGUCUGUCCUUUGCGCUGCCAUGGAAGAGGGCAGAGCCCCAUCGCCCCGGGAAGAGCUGGAGCUCUCCACGCUGGAGCUGGAGAGGGAGCAGGAAGAACAGACGCCUCUCAGCGUCCAGAUUCAGCCUUCCUCCGCCGAGAGCCCUAGCCCAGCCCAGUCGGACAAGGAAAGUCCCUGGAGUCCCUGUAACAAGAUGGUGUUUGGACGAUGUAAACUGUGGAUGGUCAUUGUCACCAUUUUCCUGUGUUUCGUCGUAGUGAUCACUAUAAGCUUAUGCCUUAUAGGAGUAACUUACAUCGAUGAAGAUGAGAAUGAAAUACCGGAAUUAUCGUCAAACAAAACAUUCUUCGUCAUGCUCAAGAUUCCAGAGGAGUGUGCUCAUGAAGAGGACUUGCCUCACUUGCUCACUAAAAGGCUCACCGACGUAUAUACACAGUCACCAUCGCUGAGUCGUUAUUUCACCUCUGCUGACAUCGUGGACUUCAGCGUUGAAAAUGCCACGGUAACCUACCACUUGCAGUUUGGAGUUCCAGCUGAGGAUGAUGGCUUCAUGGAGUUCAUGAUGAGUGAAGAGCUGGUGCUUGGCAUUGUGCGACAGAAUUUCCACGAUAAGAAUCUGUCUAGUUGUGAGAGUCUCGGGCAGGACCCAGAAUCUCUCUUGCUCUAUGAAUGAAGUGGUGGAGGUUGGUCUGUGUCAGAAAGCAAUGCUCUGCAGUUUCAGAAGGAAGAGAAUUUAAAAACCUAUCUUGUAGUGACCAGCAGGAGAAGACAGUCCAUCUUGCAGUGACCAGCAGGAGGAGACAGUCCAUCUUGUAGUGACCAGCAGGAGAAGACAGUCCAUCUUGUAGUGACCAGCAG